AUGGAUGUCGCUCGCCUAUUCUGUGGCUCGGCUGCUUGCAAGCAUUUCGCCUCACAGUUUGCAGCCGAUAACAACGGUGCUUCUCAGCAUGGACGAAUGGGAUUGAUCAAAGCCUUUUGCUGCAGAUCUCGGUCAGAGCUGAGCCUUUGGGCUUUCCCAGCACGCAUCCGCUUUAUCCUUCGUCGACGCAGACCUAUAGCAUGGACAUGUUUGCGCCACUUGAGGGUGAUCCGGCAUUUGUUGCAGCAGCUCGACGGCAUUGCACAAUUUGGCAUCUCUUCGCGUGAUGCAUCAGCGUUCCAAGCACGGUUCUUGCGCGUCCUGCAACCAAGGUGGGCUCAUACCAUCAUAGCGCGCCGCUUUGCCGUUCGUUCAGCGUUCCAACAACAGCAUCCUCACCUACACAAGGCAUUCGAGAAGAUGGAGUACGAUCCGGUUAACCGCGAUGCUCCGGCUCCGCGUUACGAACUCGAGUCGAGCUCCGAAGACGAGUUUGAGCACAGCGCUGGACAACCUCAGGAACCAUACCAGCUCGUAGGAGCCACCCUGGAGCCAGGUUCGCCGCUGGUGGUGCUGAUCGGCAAUGCCGGCGUAGCAGCACUGUCUUCGCUCGGCACAGCACCAACGCAGCAGUUGUCUCUGCAGAGCGGAUCGGAACAGCACGCAGCCGUAGCAGUCGCAACUUCAAGCUCAGGCACUCGAAUCACGGCAGCUCUAGUUGCAGCUCCACCGCAACUGCGCUUGGCCCGCUUUCACGAGAUCGCACAGACAAUCAUCGCAGCGAGCAAACCAUCGAGCAUCGUCAUUGUCGAUUCGUACAGCCCGCAAGAGCAGAUUUACCGCGAUCCAGAGUCAGAGGAGGAAGCAGGCUGGGAGGCUGCCAUUCGAUAUCUGGCGACGCCAAGCUAUGCAACAAACCACACGAUCGACUCGAAAAGGCUGACGCCUCUGCGAUCGCCUGUAUCGGCGAGUGGCCUAGGCGCAGCUUUCCUAUCCAAAGCUGUCAUCGACGACCGUCCAGCAAUCCUGACGUUGCUGGAGGAUGUCAGCUUUCAAUCCCACAUUCAGCUGUACGGGUCCUUGGCCUCUUCACGUCUGUCUCCCGCCGUCAGCGAGACCUUGAGCACCUUGACGGGCCUUGGAGGCAGCAACGCCGGCUCGCACGCAAAGGCGGGGAACACAGGAUCGACGUUGCUCGACUUUGCAACGUCUCGACGGGUCAAGCCAGCGGCCAAUUUGGCGGUGCUGGGAGACGGAAACAUGUACAUCUGA